AGAACCCGACAGCCGCUCUGGGCCAGCGGGGACCUCCACGCUUCACACUUCUUCUUUCUUUUCUUCUGCUAAACUCAGGUUGCCACGCCCUCUUUCAACAUGUCUGACACCGAAGACUACGAUCAGACGGAGGCGGAGGAGCUAGUAGAGGAGGAGGUAGAGCUGGCCCCUGAGACAGAACCACAAGUACAAGUAGAAGCAGAACCCAAGCUAGAAGCAGAACCUGAGGUAGAACCCCAAGCAGAAGCAGAGGAUGAGCCCGAAGAGGCCUUUGAAGAGGAAGAGGAGAAGCCAAAGUUCAAGCCGAGCGCUCCCAAGAUCCCGGACGGCGAGAAAGUGGACUUUGAUGAUAUCCAGAAGAAGCGUCAGAACAAAGACCUGGUGGAGCUCCAGGGCCUGAUCGACGCCCACUUCGAGUGCAGGAAGAAGGAGGAAGAGGAGCUCAUCGCCCUCAAGGAGAGGAUUGAGAAGCGUCGCGCCGAGAGGGCCGAGCAGCAGAGGAUUCGCACCGAGAAGGAGAAGGAACGCCAGGCCAGACGCGAGGACGAGCGUCGGAUCAAGGAGGAGGCUGACGCCAAGAGGAAGGCCGAGGAGGAAGCCAAGAAGAAGUCCGCUCUGUCCAACAUGGGAUCCAACUACAGCAGCCAUCUGCAGAAGGCGGACCAGAAGCGAGGAGGAAAGAAAGAGACAGAGAGAGAGAAGAAGAAGAAGAUUUUGGCCACCAGACGCAAGCAGCUCAACAUCGACCAUCUCAACGAGGACAAACUCAGGGACAAGAUCAACGAAUUGUAUGAGUGGAUGUGCCAGCUGGAGUCGGAGAAGUUCGACCACACAGAGAGGCUGAAGAAGCAGAAGUACGAGGUCACCACCCUGCGCAAGAGAGUGGAGGAGCUCAGCAAGUUCAGCAAGAAGGGAGCCGCCUCCCGCCGCAGGAAGUAGAUGCCACCGGUGAACUUAGUUUAGCUGAGAAAAGCCACCGUGUCGUCAUCGCCCACCGCUAGCCCCUAGCGGCUAGCUGCUAAUGAUAGCAAUAAAAACACGUUGGACCUCCUCGCUCUCUCGACUGUUUGGUUCUCAGUAUUUUUGUAAAUAAAAGUUUGACUC